AUCCAGGGAAGCUGCGGCCCGUACUACGCCCGUUCCAGCCGUUGUUUAAUCAUAAUAAUCAGUCGCUUCUGUCAUAUUUCGAAGCUUCCAUUGCGCGUGACGAACGCUUUCUUACACCCUCUGGUUCAGAAAGGCCAGGAAGGACCGCGAAAAUGGACCUGCGAAAAGUCAAGGACGACGAGAAGCUGCGGCUGUGUCGGUGGUACUACCGGGGCGGUUUCUUCGCGCUGCCGUUUCUUUGGCUGGUGAAUGCGGUCUGGUUCUUUCGAGAAGCAUUCAUCCGGCAGCCGUUCGAGGAGCAGAAGAUGAUCAAGGCGUACGUGAUCAGGUCGGCGAUCGGCGCCUCCCUGUGGACCGUUGUGCUGGUCGCCUGGGUGACGUACUUCCAGCUCAACCGCGUCCAGUGGGGAGCCUUCGGUGAUGCCAUAUCGUUCAUCACUCCCACGGGGAUACCGUAAUGCCCGGCAACAGUUGAAAGACUGAACGCGCAUGCGUCGUCCGUUCCAAAUUCCGAACAGCUCGGAGUCGCGCCCGCGAACUCGCUGUUUUCUGCGACGUUGUGUUGUGCGCGGGUGUGCGAGCACCGCCGUGAACUUUACGCUGUAGCCGGGUGCAUUAAAAAUUGAUCUUAACCA